CGAAGCAGACGGUUCACGCAGCAGCCAAAGCUUAUAAAUUCGCUCAGGGAAUAAACAUCUAUAAACCGCGCGGCUGUUUCUUUACGGGAAUAACACUUGAUCGUGGACGCAUGUGAGUGCGCACAUGCAUAUAGCCGGGACGAUACACCAUGGUUCUGACACAAGUGCGGCUGUCUCUGCCUCUGCUCCUCUGACCACAGAGAACAAGAAAAAAGAAAGAAGUCUUUGGAUCUCAUCUUGAAGCCUGGUGUUUCUUUUUUCUCAUUGACUCUCAACGAAAUAUUGCUGGAAAUAUUCUCCGGAUGGUGACCACGGGCUGGACUACCUGUUUUCAGCUGAGUCGCUCAGUGCGAGGGGAAGGGACUGGAAGACUUGCGCCCGAUACCUUUUCUCUGGUUUGAUAAAGCACGUUGGAGAUCACUGAAAGGGGAGACGGGCAUAUUCAAACAUUUUAUACCAAGGCUGUUAUUACCUCUGAACUCUCACCUUUACCUGUUUUUUUUUUGGUGAAUGGGGGUAACUCUGGUCCUGGAGGCUUGACGCAGCUGGGACUGGGACAGGGACGGGACUGGGUGCGUGGAGCGUCGGAUCACCCACCUGUGUAUUCCCUCUCUCUCUCUCUCUCUCUCUCUCGCUGUCUCUCUCUCUCUCUCUCUCGUGGGUCUAUUUACAUGUCCGACCUGACUGCUUUAUGACAAUGGAUUACUUUCUGCUUUUAUGCAGCCUCUUGCUGCCCGUGGUGUCCGCCGUGGAAGAGACGUUGAUGGACACGAAGUGGGCUACUACAGAAUUAGCCUGGACUGCACACCCUGAGACCGGGUGGGAAGAAGUGAGUGGCUACGACGAUGCCAUGAACCCCAUCCGGACGUACCAAGUCUGCAAUGUACGUGAGCUCAACCAGAAUAAUUGGCUACGCAGUGACUUCAUCCCACGGAAGGAUGUGCUGCGUGUAUAUGUGGAGAUGAAAUUCACAGUGCGUGAUUGCAACAGCAUUCCCAACAUCCCGGGUUCCUGCAAAGAGACCUUCAACCUCUUCUACUACGAGUCUGACUCAGACUCAGCCACAGCCACCAGCCCUUUCUGGAUGGAGAACCCUUAUGUGAAGGUGGACACUAUUGCCCCAGAUGAGAGCUUCUCCAUGCUCGAGUCUGGGCGGGUAAACACAAAAGUCCGAAGUUUCGGGCCAUUGUCCAAAGCCGGGUUCUACUUGGCCUUCCAGGACCUUGGUGCUUGCAUGUCACUCAUCUCAGUCAGGGUGUUUUAUAAGAAGUGCUCCACCACAAUCGCCAACUUCGCCGUCUUCCCAGAGACAGCAACCGGGGCUGAGGCUACGUCCUUGGUCAUCGCGCCAGGAACUUGCGUCCCCAAUGCCGUGGAGGUGUCCGUGCCACUGAAGCUUUACUGCAACGGAGAUGGGGAGUGGAUGGUUCCCGUAGGAGCCUGCACCUGCUCGGCUGGUUUUGAACCAGCAAUGAAGGAAACCCAAUGUCAAGCUUGCAGCCCUGGCACCUUCAAGUCCAAACAGGGAGAUGGCUUCUGCUUGCCCUGUCCUGCCAACAGCCGUGCCAGCUCAGGAGCAGCCAGCGUUUGCUCCUGUCGAAACGGCUACUACCGCUCAGACACUGACUCUCCUGACUCCCCCUGUACCACUGUUCCCUCUGCACCACGCAGUGUCAUCUCCAGCGUGAACGAAACCUCGCUUGUGCUGGAGUGGAGCGAGCCACGUGACAUGGGCGGCCGCGACGACAUCUUCUACAACGUCAUCUGUAAGAAGUGCCUGCCUGAGCGGGGAAUGUGCUCGCGGUGUGAUGACAACGUAGAUAUCUCGCCGCGCCACCUGGGCCUGAACCAGCGCCGUGUAGCCGUCCGUAACCUGCAGGCCCACACACAGUACAGCUUCGAGAUCCAGGCGGUCAACGGUGUUUCAAGCAAGAGCCCUUAUACACCUCAGUUCUCCGCAGUGAAUAUCACCACAAAUCAGGCCGCUCCAUCUGCAGUGCCCACAGUUCACCUGAUGGCGGCCACAGCGAGCACCAUGAGCCUGUCCUGGCUGCCUCCAGACAAACCCAACGGAAUCAUUCUGGAUUAUGAGAUUAAGUACCAUGAGAAGGUAAGCGGCAAUGAUCAGGGUGAGGCCAUCGCCCACACCAUGACUGCCCAGCGGAGCAACGCACGCAUUGAAGGUCUCAAGGCUGGUACGCCUUAUGUGGUACAGGUCCGUGCCCGAACAGUGGCCGGUUACGGCCGAUACAGCAGCCCGGCCGACUUCAGCACCAACCUGCAAACUGACCCUCCGAAGUCAUGGCAGGAGCAGCUGCCACUCAUCGUGGGAUCAGCCACCGCCACCUUGGUCUUCAUCAUUGCGGUUGUGGUCAUCGCUAUCGUCUGCCUCAGAAAGCAGAGAAAUGGUUCAGAGUCGGAGUACACAGAGAAACUGCAGCAGUACAAAUCCCCUAUAGUAACGCCGGGAAUGAAAGUCUACAUUGACCCCUUCACCUACGAGGACCCCAACGAAGCAGUGCGCGAGUUUGCCAAGGAGAUAGAUGUCUCCUGCGUGAAGAUCGAGGAGGUCAUCGGCGCAGGUAACCCACCAAAGCUCCUGAGCUACAGGGGGAAGACUGCUAGUCACCUCCAGGCCAUUCCGUUAGAGGACUUCACACCAAGCGGAGAGUUUGGUGAGGUGUGCCGCGGUCGCCUCAAGCUGCCCGGGCGCCGGGAGAUCAUCGUAGCCAUCAAGACCCUCAAGGUGGGCUACACUGACCGCCAGAGGCGAGACUUCCUGUCCGAGGCCUCCAUCAUGGGCCAGUUCGACCACCCCAACAUUAUCCGACUGGAAGGUGUGGUCACCAAGAGUCGGCCAGUGAUGAUCGUGACUGAGUUCAUGGAGAACGGGGCCCUGGACUCUUUCCUAAGGCUCAAUGACGGGCAGUUCACAGUGAUCCAGCUGGUUGGCAUGCUGCGUGGCAUCGCAGCAGGCAUGAAGUACCUGUCAGACAUGAACUACGUGCACAGAGACUUGGCUGCCCGCAACAUCCUGGUCAACAGUAAUCUGGUGUGUAAGGUGUCCGACUUCGGCCUAUCUCGUUUCCUCGAGGACGACCCGACAGACCCCACCUACACCAGCUCGCUGGGAGGGAAAAUCCCCAUUCGCUGGACGGCUCCCGAGGCGAUCGCCUACAGGAAGUUCACCUCAGCCAGUGAUGUGUGGAGCUACGGCAUCGUCAUGUGGGAAGUGAUGUCGUACGGCGAGCGGCCGUACUGGGACAUGAGCAAUCAAGAUGUGAUAAAUGCCGUGGAGCAGGACUAUCGACUUCCCCCACCCAUGGACUGCCCCACAGCACUGCACCAGCUCAUGUUGGACUGCUGGGUAAAAGAGAGAAACCUGCGGCCCAAAUUCACCCAGAUUGUGGCCACGCUGGAUAAGCUUAUCCGCAAUGCUGCCAGCCUCAAGGUGGUCACCAACAGCACACAGUCCACUGGGGUAUCCCAGCCCUUGCUUGACCGCUGUGUGCCAGACUAUACCACUUUCACCACUGUGGGGGACUGGCUGGACGCCAUCAAGAUGAGCCGCUACCGUGACAACUUCGUCAACGCCGGAUUUGCUUCCUUUGACCUGGUGGCCCAGAUGACAGCAGAGGACUUGCUGCGGAUAGGGGUGACGUUGGCUGGCCAUCAGAAGAAGAUUCUUGGUAGCAUUCAGGACAUGAGACUACAGAUGAACCAAACACUUCCUGUUCAGGUGUGAGCGACGGGACACACAGACCGAUGCAGUCGAAGGACAGCCAGACAGGAAAAGGGGGGAGGAACUGUGCCAGAGAGAGCCAUUGGAAAACCCUAGCUGCCUGACCCAUCUCUGCCACUUAGACGCUAUGAAACUGGCUUGUGGUGCCUCUGAAUAUUUUUUUUUCUUUAUUUCAUUACCACUUCCAUUUCCUGUUUCUGCUUUUUUUGUUAUUCGUCAUUGUUUCUUUUUCCAUCCAAUCAGAAUUUGUGUGUUUUUGAAGGAGGAGAAAGAGUUAACCCCCUUAUAUCCCAUGCGUGCCUCACCAGCUCUGGUGUGGGUUGACGUUUGCAUGCAUGUGUGUUUUAGUAAGGUUGGCCUUAGCCCUGUAACUGAAACGUCUGAUCACUGAUCCUCACGCAAGAGCCCUUCCCUUUGACCCCUCGGCCCAGCUCUGAUGGACAUAAUAUAUAGUAAAAGUACGAACACCCUGGGUAUAAAAAAAAAAAAAAAAAA